AUGUCUUAUAAGACGGGUGAUGUGAGGUUAAACUUCCUUAGUCACCUCGUUGACGCCUUUGAGAGGCAUGGCAUUAACUUCUUCAUAGAUGUACACGAGCAGAAAGGCAAAGACCUCAAGAAUCUAUUUGUUAGGAUCGAAGACUCGAGCAUUGCUAUUGCUCUCUUCUCUCCAAGGUAUCCGGAGUCGAAGUGGUGUAUGGAUGAGUUAGUGAAGAUGAAGAAGCUUGUGGUUAAGAAAAAGCUCAUAGUGAUUCCAAUUUUCUACAAAGUGCAGGUAAAAGACGUUAGAAAUCUGAAAGGUGAGUUUGGUGAAAACUUCUAUAAGCUUGCGAAGGCUAAUCCAGAUCGGAUCACCAAGUGGAAAGAUGCUCUUGAAUGUAUAUGCAAUAAGAUGGGUAUGUCAUUGCCAGACAGGAGCUCUGAAGCAGAUUUUGUCAAGGAAAUUGUUAAAGAGGUUCAGAGGGUUUUAGAAGCAAUUCGAUUAGAGGAAGAAAAAAAUCAUUCUGUUUGUCAUUUGGGGAGGAAAACUGGAAAUAUGGGAUCUGAGCUUGAGUUUCCUUGUACCAAGAAGAGUAUUGGAAUUUCUGCGAUGGUUGUUGCUUUAAUAUUUGGUAUCUUGGGUUUGCUUAUGAUUUGCAGUAAGUAA